AUGGAUGCCGCAAAUCUCUUCAACGUCAAGGACAAAGUCGUUCUUGUUACCGGCGGCGCAAAGGGAAUCGGACGAAUGAUAUCCGAAGGCUUCGUCACAAACGGAGCCAAAGUCUACAUCUCAUCCCGCGAUGCCAAAGCCUGCGAAGAAGCCUGCACAGAAUUGAAUGCGCUAGGCAAAGGAUCCGCACACGCCAUCCCAGCCGACUUUUACAAACUCGAAGAUUGCAAACGCAUGGUCGAUGAAUUGCAAAAGAAAGAAUCGAAAUUACAUAUCUUAGUCAAUAACUCGGGAAGUAAUUGGGGAGCUCCUUAUGCGGAAUUCCCUGAUGCGGCGUGGACGAGAGUUUUGACUCUGAAUCUCACAAGAGUCUUUACUCUUACUCAAGCACUUACUCCUCUUAUGGAAGCAGCUUCUACCCCAGAAGAUCCAGCACGUAUCAUCAAUAUCGGCUCCGUAGAUGGAAUUCGCGUCCCCUCUCUCGAAACCUUUUCAUAUUCCGCAAGUAAAGCAGGAUUGCAUCAAUUAAGCAGAGUUCUCGCGAAUCAUCUAGGGAAGAGAAAUAUCACAAGUAAUGUACUUGCAUGUGGACCAUUCGAAAGUAAAAUGAUGGCAGCUACGCUCAAGAAUUUCAAAAAUGAGAUUGUGAGUGGGAUUCCGCUGGGGAGGAUUGGAAGUAAGGAGGAUGUCGCAGGUGCUUGUUUGUUCUUGGCUAGUAAGGCGGGGAGUUAUGUUAAUGGGGCGACGAUCCCGUUGGAUGGAGGGAGUCUGGUGGGGAGUAAGUUGUAG